GUCAUCAAAGAUUUUAAUAUUUUUGGAAAACUCCGGUUUAUUCAUAAAAAAGUGAAUUCAAUUUUAUUAAAACAAUAGGAAACAAGAAUGGCCUUUAGUGAAGUUUGUAGAAUUUGUUUAUGCGUUAAUGUUCGCAUGCUUGUACUAAAGAAGACUAGUCUCCGAAAUUUGUACAAAACAUUGACGAACAGUUUUAUGGAUGAGGAUGAGGAGCCCAUUAUUGUCUGUUUCACCUGUCAUGCAAGACUCAUUCGUUGCAGUACAUUGCAACAACAGGCUGUUGAGUCAAAAACAGUUCUGGAGCAGUUGCUUGCAGGAGGGUCCAUGGUAUUACCCAUUCCAUCCAUUAAAAACUAUAUAAGUCCCACAUGGAUUGCUUCAUAGUAGUGAUUUUACCAAAUUUGCCAUGCUUGGCAGGUUGGCAACCGCAGUUCAUAUUAGUUUGAGUUGUUAUGAGGAACAUGCUGCCGCCCAACUCCUGUUUUUGAUUCCCUCUGCCGCCUCUUACGACACCCGUCCCGUGGGUAGGUAUAUAGGGCAAUGGAUAUUCUUACACCGCCACUACACGGUCCACGGUAUUAUACUUCUUAUCAAUAAAAGUUCACUGCUUGAUGGUUCGUUCCCAUUAUUAUGAAGUAUUUGCCUUAAUCAUCUCUUGGCAGGCACCUUAAUGAGCACUACCUGUCUCAUGCCUUCUAUACUGCUUCCUGUUACUAUAUGGGGUAUUUUUUUUUGUACUGCAAAGUUAAGUUUAUCCUUCAAUCUAACUUACUUUUUCGUUAGAUGUUCUAUAUUUUAUGAAUUACAGUAAGAUAAGUAUUUAUUUUUACUAAAUAAUUGUCUGUUUAUACUUUUAUAUAUUACUCUAUUGUAUAUAAAUGAAAUAUUAUCUAUAUGUAAUAUUACUCAGUAAACAAAGAUAGAUCUUUGUCAAUUUACGGCAUUCGUGAAUCUGUUUCGAAAAAUUUUUGAGACUUGAUACUCAAGAUAGAUGGACUGCAUAUGUAUCUACAUUCUUUUGAAGUUUAUUUGGAACCCUCACUUUGUCCAGUUUUUAUUAUUUUUGGAGUUGUUGUCAGGAAGAUGCUGCUGCCCAUCUCCUGUUUCAGUUUCCCUCUGUCCCUUUUUACGACAUCUGCCGGAUGGUAUGGAAGUAUGGAUUCUCCUACGACACCACUACAUUGGCUUUUUCUUAUUUAAUAAAAGAAUUUGGUUUCAGUCAAUACCAAAACCGCAUGAGGCUAGAGGUAAGAUUCAAUUCACACCAAUUAGUCAUAUAGAUAUCAGGCCAGUAGAGUGUGAUGUAGAUAACGAUUGUAAGGACGAUAUGUUUAGCCUUGAAUCUGUUAAAGUUGAGGAAGAGAAUUUCAAAAAUGAGAAUUUCAAUUUUGAAGAAAAUUGGAAUCAUGAAACAGGUAAGAUAUACACAUUUUGUGAUAUUAAUAAAAUAAGCUACAAGUUACCAAAUGGCAAGUGGUUACUGUAGCCCAUGGACACAAAAUAAUAUUAUAGUGACAUAUUGGGGUGGAGUGGGCCGUGUGUUUCAGACGGGUACCAAUUUACUCGACAAGGCGUCUUUAACGUUAACAUUCUUAAUAGAAUGGCUGAAGACAUUGAGCUAUUCUGUUGCAAAUUCCGCUCAAAAGCAUUACUGCUAGGGGCAAACUGAGCAAGAACACCAAGGCGACCCCUGCCACGCUAUCCGUGAAUUUCUGCAACAUCAGGGGACUUCACUCUAACCUAAACGCCGUCCACUACCAUCUCGAGACGGCGAAGCCGGCCUUGCUCUUUCUGACCGAGACGCAGGUUUCCUCUCCGGCUGAUAUUUCGUAUCUCUCCUACCCGGGGUACAAAUUGGAGCAUUCCUUUGUGCCUCGGGCUGGAGUUUGCGUGUAUCUCAGAGAGGACAUCUGUUCUCGACGCCUCGGCAGUCUUGAAGGUUCGGACCUGUCCAUCCUUUGGCUACGCGUAGACAGCGACGACCAUCCGCGCGUCUACGGGUGCCUCUAUAGGUCCCAUAGCGGUAAUGCCGAAACAGACCGACUCAUCGACCACGUCCAAAUGGCUACAGAUUUCUUGCUACAACAGGUCCCAUCCGCAGAGAUCGUGAUCCUUGGCGAUUUUAACGCCCACCAUGCCGAAUGGCUCGGUUCACGUCUAACCGAUCAUGCGGAGAGAUCUGUUUAUGACUUUGCCUUGGCAUAUGGUCUGACACAACUGGUUACUUCGCCUACGCGGAUUCCAGAUGUGGAGGAUCAUACACCUUCCCUGUUGGACCUUCUGCUGACCUCUCAUCCGGACGGAUAUCAGGUUUCCGUCGAUGCCCCUCUCGGCUCUUCGGACCAUUGUCUGAUCCGGAGUGUGGUGCCACUCACGCUCCCUUCGCGGUUGCGUUCUGCAGGUUGCCGCCGUGUUUGGCAUUACAGGUCGGCGGAUUGGGACGGAAUGCGGUCCUUCUUUGCAUCCUACCCAUGGGGGCGGGUUUGCUUCUCGCCGGAUGAUCCCAGCGCUGUUGCUGACUCUGUCACUGAUGUGGUGCUACAGGGAAUGGAACUAUUUAUUCCAUCAUCUGUGGUACCCAUCGGAGGCAGAUCUCAGCCUUGGUUUGGCAGCUCCUGUAAGACUGCAUUACGCAGUAAGCAGGAGUGUUAUCAAGCCUGGGCUGCGGCUUCGGCGACUCGGGAUGUAAAUACCAGCACACUUUAAAAAAAGUAUAACUUCGCCUCCAGGUCCUUCAAAAGAGUUAUUGCCAAGGCAAAGUCAGAGCACAUAGGCAGAAUUGGCGAGAAACUAGUUCGCCUUCCUUCGGGAACCCGUGCAUUCUGGUCUCUCGCCAAGGCUGUCCAAGGGAAUUUCUGUAAGCCAUCACUACCACUGGCCCAUGACGCAAAAGACAAAGCCGACCUUUUAGGCUCCCUUUUUGCGUCCAACUCGACUCUUGAUGACGGGGGGAAAACACCGCCGACCAUCCCGCGGUGUGAGUGCUCCAUGCCGGAUGUGCUGUUCUCACAGCGCUCGGUUCGCAAAGCACUGCUCUCCCUGGACAUCCAGAAGUCGAGUGGGCCUGACGGAAUCCCCCCAAUUGUGCUGAGGACGUGUGCUCCGGAGUUGGCACCGGUCCUAACGCGUCUUUUCCGGUACUCCUACUCCCAAGGCGUAGUCCCGAAUUCAUGGAAGACAGCUUUUGUCCACCCGAUCCCUAAAAAAGGCGACCGCUCAGACCCAUCCAACUAUAGGCCUAUCGCGAUCACCUCCUUGUUCUCCAAAAUAAUGGAAUCCAUUAUUAACUGCCAGCUCAUCCGGUACCUUGAGGAUCACCAGCUGAUUAGUGACCGCCAAUACGGUUUUCGUCGGGGUCGAUCAGCUGGUGAUCUUCUGGUCUACCUGACCCAUAGAUGGGCGGAGGCAGUAGAGUCCAAGGGGGAGGCGUUGGCCGUUAGUCUGGACAUUGCUAAGGCCUUCGAUCGGGUUUGGCACAAAGCGCUUCUUUCGAAGCUCCCUUCCUAUGGGCUUCCCGAGAAAUUGUGCAAUUGGAUCACCAGCUUCCUUGCAGAUCGGAGCAUCAAGGUCGUUGUAGACGGUGCAUGCUCUGACUACAAGCCUAUUAACGCUGGUGUUCCACAAGGCUGUGUGCUAUCACCAACGCUGUUUCUUCUGCAUAUCAAUGAUAUGUUGCUAACUGGUAACAUUCAUUGCUAUGCGGAUGACAGCACUGGUGAUGCUCUAUACACCGGCCGUGCCAAUAUUUCUCGGGUAAACGUCGCUGAGUACCGGAACAAACUUGUGUCUGAAGUCGAGUCUUUGCUGAACAAAGUCUCGGAUUGGGGGCGACUAAAUCUAGUCCAAUUUAAUCCUCAGAAGACACAAGUUUGCGCGUUUACCGCUAAAAAGAACCCCUUUGUCGUAUCUCCUCAGUUUCAAGGCACUCCCCUUCUUGCCUCAGCCAGUAUCGGUAUCCUCGGAGUCGACAUAUCGAGUGACGUGCAGUUUCGUGGUCACUUGGAAGGGAAGGCCAAAUUGGCCUCUGAAAAGCUUGGCGUGCUCAGCAGAGCGGGACAGUAUUUCAUGCCGGCACACCGCCUGCUACUUUACAAGGCGCAAGUUCGGCCUCACAUGGAAUACUGUUCCAAUCUCUGGGCAGGGGCUCCCCAGUGCCAGCUCCUUCCACUUGACCGCAUCCAACGCAGAGCGGCUCGAAUUGUCGACGACCGAGCCCUUUCCGAUCGGCUCGAUUCAUUGGCACUGCGAAGAGAUGUUGCAUCCCUUUGCAUUUUCUUUCGCAUCUACCAUGGGGAGUGCUCUGAGGAAUUGUUCGGAUUAAUCCCAGCCGCCAAAUUUCACGAACGCACAUCGCGGCAGAACUCCCGAUACCAUCCACACCAUCUGGAUGAUUGGCGGUCCACCACUGUGCGAUUUAGAAGAUGUUUUCUUCCUCGCACGACCUCCUUGUGGAAUCGAUUACCAUCAGCGAUUUUUCCGGACCGAUACGGCCGGCAACGCAUCUGCGAUUCCCCUGGUGUUGCAGUUGUUCAUGGGCGGCGGUAGUCACUUACCAUCAGGUGAGCCGCAUGCUCGUUUGCCCCCUCUCCUAU